AUGUUCGGCGGUCCACCCCCUCCACCAUCUCCCGAAGAGCUCAGGAAGCAGGAGCAAGCAGCGGCGCAAACACUCUACGGCAUGGUCAGCAUGUGCAUUUUGCUGUAUUUCUCUCCUUUCGCCGUGGAUGCCGUCAAGAAGCUCGUAUAG